UCUUUCCCUUUCCCUCUAUCUCUCCUCUUUUCUUCCUCUCUCUUCUCUCUCUCUCACAUACAUACGUCCAAAUACAUAAUUACACACAUAAACACACACUUGUACACUUUCACAAACCAGAGACGGAUCCUCAUAGAGGAUGUCGAGAUGGUAUGGAAUGUGUGCCCUGGUUUUAUUGGGGUUGUGAGGCCGGCGUGUUGAGCAGAACGCACACACACUCACACACACACUCUCCCAGAGCAUGCCUAUCAGUCCACCUGCCGACGGCAAACAUGAGGCUCUCGACCGGCCACGGCAACAACACGCCCCUACCAAUGGUAACCAUGGAGAUGACAGCAUUCGGGCUUCCAGGCACUAAAUCUACCUCCGAACCUAUGGAGGAUCUCCACGCAGUUGUCAUCCGCAUCGGAAUCCCUGAUCUGCAGCAAACGAAAUGCCUGCAAUUGGACCUGGAAGCUCCAGUGUGGGUUUGUAAGCAGAGGGUUCUGGUCACUUUGACACAGAGCCUGACCGAUGUGCUUAACUAUGGCCUCUACCUCCCUGCCUUUAACGGGCGUGCCGGAAAGUUCCUCGAUGAGGAGAGAUUGCUCAGGGAGUACCCUCUCCCUACUAUCACACCCGUACCAUACCUAGAGUUCCGUUACAAGAGGCGUGUUUACACUCAGAGCUAUGUAGAUGACAAGCAACUGGCCAAACUACAUACCAAGGCCAAUUUAAAGAAGUUUAUGGAGUAUGUUCAACAGAGGAGUGUGGAGAAGGUCUGCAGGUUCUUGGAAAAAGGGCUGGACCCCAACUUUCACGAUAGUGACAGUGGAGAAUCUCCGCUCACUCUCGUGGCCCAGCUGGAUUCGUGUGGUGAUCUGAUCAAGGUGUUGAGGAGUGGAGGGGCCCAUCUGGACUUCAGAACCAGAGAUGGACUGACAGCACUGCACAAAGCAGCCCAAACCCACAACCAUGUAGCACUGACUACAUUAUUGGAUCUCGGGGCCUCUCCAGACUAUAAGGACAGUCGUGGGCUCACCCCACUCUAUCACAGUGCCAUGGUCGGGGGAGAUCCAUACUGCUGUGAGCUGCUGUUGUAUGAUCACGCCCAGCUGGGCUACAGUGACGAGAAUGGCUGGCAGGAGAUCCAUCAGGCUUGUCGCCAUGGAAACGUGCAGCACCUAGAGCACCUGUUGUUCUAUGGAGCGGAGAUGAGUGCUCAGAAUGCCUCAGGAAACACAGCACUACACCUGUGUGCCCUCUACAAUCAGGAAGGCUGUGCUAGAGUUCUCCUGUUUCGAGGAGCAAAUAAAGAAAUCAAGAACUACAACAACCAAACAGCAUUUCAGGUUGCUAUCAUCGCAGGGAACUUUGACCUGGCUGAAAUCAUCAAGAUCCAUAAAACCUCAGACGUUGUGCCUUUCAGGGAGACCCCCUCAUACUCGUCUCGGCGGCGUGCGGUCUGUGCAUCCCCUCGUCGCUCUCUGAUGCGAUCGGCCAGUGAUAACGCUCUGGAUGAGAGUUUGCCAGCACCCUCUCCUGCCCCUUCCCUUCGCAGCCUGCCCCCCCUCGAGUCCGACGACAACACACCCACCCAGCGCAGCCCCCAGUCUGCUCACACACACACACGGAGUCUCAGGAGACACACCCGCGGUCAUCUCAGCCCUGGCAGUCCUGUUCAAAGAGAGCCCAGUCCUCCUGCUGUGUCACGGGGGCCAAAGCGACGGCUGUACAGUGCGGUGCCCGGCCGAACCUUCAUCGCCAUCAGCUCUCACACGCCACAAGGCGAGGGUGAGAUCACGCUGAACCGCGGAGAGAGGGUCAAAGUGCUGAGCAUAGGUGAGGGAGGAUUCUGGGAAGGUUCAGUUAAAGGACGAACUGGCUGGUUUCCUGCUCACUGUGUAGAGGAGGUCCAGAUGAGGCAGUAUGACCCACGACUCGAGACAAGAGAGGAUCGCACUAAGAGACUUUUCAGGCAUUACACUGUCGGCUCCUAUGACAACUAUACCUCUUACAGUGAUUAUGUUAUAGAAGAAAAAAGUGCAACUUUGCAGAAAAGAGACAGCGAAGGAUUUGGCUUUGUGCUUCGGGGAGCUAAAGCUGAGACACCCAUAGAAGAGUUCACACCUACUCCUGCAUUUCCUGCUUUGCAAUACCUGGAGUCAGUGGAUCUGGAGGGAGUGGCAUGGAGGGCAGGAUUAAGGACAGGAGAUUUCCUCAUAGAGGUAAAUGGGGUGAGUGUUGUAAAGGUGGGACACAGGCAGGUGGUGUCUCUGAUUCGGCAGGGUGGGAGUCGGCUCGUAAUGAAGGUGGUGUCCGUCACGCGUAAACCUGACACGGGAGAUGUCGUCCGCAAGAAAGCCCCCCCACCUCCCAAGAGGGACCCAAGCACCAGCCUGACCCUACGUUCCAAAAGCAUGACCGCAGAACUGGAGGAGCUAGCGUCAAGGAGAAGGAGGGGAGAGAAGUUGGAUGAGUUGUUGAGUUCACCAAAAGAACCUGUUGUAGUGAUGAGGCCACGCCCCCCAGAUGACCCGAGAGCAGCCACUGUGAAGCAAAGACCAACGAGUCGCCGCAUCACACAGGCUGAGAUCAGUUCUUUGUUAGAGAGGCAGGGUUUGCCAGUAAGUGCUGGAGUGUCUUUAGCUGUGGACAAAAGUCACAUGCAGCUUCCUCGGGGAAUGUCAAGAACAAAGUCAUUUGGUGCUCCAGAGGAUGACAGAAUCUCUGCCCUGAUCGGAGAGCAUCGCUUUCCUAGAAGCUCUUCAAUGACCGACAGCUUCAGACAAGAUAGUAUCCCACCCCCUCCACAGACAGCUCCUCCACCGCCUCCAACUCCCUAUUUCCUUGAUUCAGGGCCGCCUCCUUCUUUCCUCCCGCCCCCACCCCCCUCUCGCGCUGCCAAUCAGAACCGUUCGAGCUUCCGCCCGGGGGCGGAGCCCAAGCUCCACGGCCCGGUCACGACAGACCGCCAGCGAAAAACACGCUCCAUGAUCAUUCUUCAGGACACCGCCCAUUUUCCAGUGGAGCCGGCCCCUAUUGCAAGGCCGCAAACGCCUACCUCUGGAGCUGCUGCUCCUGAUCGCGGUCGUAGGCGUGGCCCACCUGUCGAGAAUCCGUAUGCUAACGUGGGUCGCCUAAGUGCCAUCUAUACUCCUACAAAGCCUCAGCGCAGGAAAAGCCCACUAGUCAAGCAAGGGCAAGUUGAGGAGGGUUCUACUGCGCAGUCUAGCAGAGACCCCUCUCCGUUGGGCAGCUCGCGUAUUCCACACAGCAGCCGAGCAGAGCAGUUCCAACAGCAGGUUCUCUCAGAGCGAGCCAGGAUCACGCCCCCUGGGGCCCGCCGAAGACCUAGUGUUUUCUUGUCUGUAGAAGGUGGCGCAACAGAGCCUCAAACCACCCCAUUACUGUCACAAUCCCACUCUGUGGAUGAGUUGGCUGAGUUGCCUCCACCGGCUCCAAUGCUGUCCCCUGGCCCACCACCAGGGGGCACCACUUUUAUACACCCUCUAACAGGUCGACCACUGGAUCCUUCAUCACCACUAGCACUUGCACUGGCAGCACGAGAACGAGCUCUUAGUGGCCGGAAUACACCCACUCCCACGCCCUCACCUACACCUUCUCCCACUCAAGGCCGUGCGGUAGAGAGGCCCGAGACAGAGGGAGGUGCAACACCAUCUGCUCCUCUUGAGGCACCUCCUACUAAUUCAUGGAGAGAGGAACCUGUAAGCAUCAUAGAAACAGCUAGCCAAGUGACUAGCGGUAGCCCUGGGUCUGGACGAAGCCUGGAGGAAGCACUUAGUGUGCCACCCAGUGUGCAACCUGCACUAAUGGAUACAGAGCAUACUCAACCGGCAGUACCACCCACUCUGCCCUCCCCUGCCCCCACCCUCUCAAAUCUGACUGCUCGAAGUCUGACUAUGAGCUCAGAGGAAGAGGCGGAGCCAUACACGGUUACCCUGCCCCCUGCAUUGCUCUCGUCAAGCGAUGAGGAAACAAGGGAGGAGCUUCGGAAGAUAGGCCUUGUGCCGCCCCCUCAACCCUUUGCCAAUGGCCUUCUAAUUAAAGAAACACCCAAAGCCACCCUAAGCAUUUCACCUAGUGGAUCACGGCCAGCCAUCUCCAAGACCUCUGGAAAAGCAAGUGAUUCAGCGGCAGACUCUGGGGUCGAAGACCCCCACAUGGAGACCACCAGUACUGUUUCCACAGUCUCCAGCAUGUCCACUUUGUCUUCAGAGAGCACGGACUCCACGCAUGCAAGCAAACCACGUUGUGGGGUGGGGCGUGGUCGCCCCGCCCAUCUCAGGGACCCACUGCUUAAACAGUCAUCAGACAGUGAGCUGCUUCCACACCCACCCAGCACAGGCCCCACACGCCCACGCUAUCUAUUCCAAAGACGCUCCAAACUCUGGGGGGAGGAACCCCGGACACAGGUGGGCGGGGUCGAUGAAAGUCGGCCUGCUGCUAUGGGGGCGGAGUUACUAAGCAAAGACACUCAUUCAUUGGGGGAGGAACCACCAAUGGGAGCGCCACUUGACCCUGGCAGGAGGUCACCUGUGGGAGGGGCCAGAUGUGAGGAGAAUGGAGAAGAGAGUAAAUCACUCUUUAGUAGUUUAGGAGAGCUUCACACCAUCUCUCAGAGGAGUUAUGGCACCACCUUCACAAUCCGGCCUGGUAGCCGAUACCCAGUGACCCGUAGGACUCCCAGCCCCGGAGCCACCCCAGAACGGAGUGAACCGCUGGGCCCUGUCCGCACUUUCAGCCCCCAUCACCACCAUCACACCAUCCUCAAGUCCUCCAGCCUAAGCUUGCCCCAGGAGCCCAAGGAGGUGCGUUUUGUCAUGAGGAGCGCCAGUGCUCGAGCCCGCAGCCGCUCUCCAUCCCCCUCCCCAUGUGCAUCCCCAUGCCCCUCACCCGUUCUCGGAGCCCCUCUCCUGGCCCUGCGACCAUUCAGACAGCGCCCCCUAGCUCUGUGGAGAGAAAGACUGUCAGUAUCCACUUGGGAGCAAAAGGAAAGGAAGAGAUUGGAAACCUCACUUGUAAACAAUGCCAAUGCUUCCAAGUGUCCGGAAUUUAUAGUAGGUUCAUCAACCGUCUUGCAGCUCAAAAGUAAAAAGCCAUGUUUAUGGUGAAUGUAAGAUGUAUUGCUGCAAAUGGACUUGGCAUGUAAAUGCAACAUGUCCCAAGUAAGAAAGGAUCUGACAAUCUGCCCUAAACCAGGAGAAAGAACUUCUCCCAAUACAAUACAAGUGUGGCCUUGAGGUAAUACUGCCGCCAUCUAAAAUCUGUUAAAGAUAGAUAUUUUCAGUCACUACAUUCAGUUUUAUAUGUAUAUGAUUUAUAUGGAGUUAUAUAUUCAAAAGAGGAGAAUGUAUGAGAAUAGGGUGAGAUACUUGUCUUAUGCCCUGUAAGAUUGUGUCAUAUUUGGUCUUACUUUAUUUGUUAUUUUAUUUGUUAAUUAUCAAACCAAUACCCUUACAUGAACACAGUAACUCUUUCCCCCAUAAUAUAACUUGUGAUUUGUGAGUUAUAAACAUAAUCUUUGGACUAGUUGAAAAGUUUUUUCAUGGUUUAAACAUUUCAAAAUUACAAAAAGACCUUUGACUUUUGUCUAUUAUGAAUAAAUGAUUGGUAAGACUGUAUGUAGAUUAACUGUUUUGUUAAAACAGGAUUUGAAAUGCUUUGGGUUGUAGGUAUACACGUUUAUGUUACCUUUUGUAUUUGAUUAUUCAGCAUCAGCCAUUCAUUUCAUGAUGAUCAAUUAGUGAAUUUAUGAAGAUAUAUGUUUCUCUGACACGAUCUGUUUGGUUUUGUACUAUGCAAUUACUAAUUUGGAAUUCUUAUUAAGACUUUCAGUUUAAAACAAUAUGAGCAAAAUAUAUGCUACCUAAGGGCUUUUAACAAAAGACAAAUUUUAAGAAUUCACAAUUGUUUUUAAAAAUCUGUUUCAAUGCGUUUCAAAGUGGUUAAGUGGCAAAAUUGCCUUAUCUUCAGCUGUUAGUUAAAGUGAUAGUUCACCCAAAAAUUAUUCUCUCAUCAUUUACUCAUCCUUAUGCCAUCCCGGAUGUGUAUGACUUUCUUUCUUCAGAAGAACACAAAUUUCUCAGCUCUUUUGGACCAUACUAUGAAAGUGAAUGGGUGCCAAAGUUUGAAACGCUCCAAAAAUCACAUAGGUCAGCAUAAAAGUAAUCCAUAAGACCCCAGUGGAUAAAUCCAUGUCUUCAGAAGUGAUAUGAUAAGUGUGGGUGAGAAACAGAUCAAUAUUUUUGUUAAGUUUUACUAUAAAUUCUUCUCCCUGCCCAGUCAAUCUCCACUUAAACUUCCACUUUCACAUUCUUCUUCUUUUGUUUUUGGUGAUUCACAUUCUUCUUUCAUACUGGGCAGGGAGAAGAAUUUCUUCUGAAUAUAUGGAUUUAACCACUGGAUUCAUAUGGAUUACUUUUAUGCUGCCUUUAUAUGCUUUUUGGAGCAUCAACAUUUUGCCACCCAUUCACUUGCAUUGUAUGGGCCAACAGAGCUGAAAUAUUCUUCUAAAAGUCUACAGUGGAAAAAAGGGGUAGGGGUAUCAUGAUGGAUAUAUAGACAUUUUACAUGAAAACAAACAUUUUACUGAUGGCUUUUUUGUUUUUUUGUGGACUUAAUUUAAUUAUAUUAGGGUAUCAAAGUGUUGACAGUCAGGUAUAUUAAAGUUAAUCAUGAGGACAGGAUUUCUACAAAAUAUCAUAACACAACAUUUGUUUUCUUGUGUAAAAUAUUGAUUAACAUUUCUAAAAACAAAAAUACAAGGUAGUUUUUGAAACAUUGCUUAUAUACCAAGUAUAAAACCCAAGUGGCAUGUUUAUCAUUUGAUCAGGUGUUUUCACAAUUUUUGAUACCAAGGACCCCAAAUAUGAUGAUCCUCUUACGAGGGAUCCCCUGUGUGAGAAAAAAGUAAACAUGAUAUUAAAAAAAUACAUAUUUUUUUAUAAAAAUAAUCUGUGUUCUGCAGAAGAAAGAAAGUCAUACACAUCUGGGAUGGCAUGAGGGUGACUAAAUGAUGAGAGAAUUUACAUUUUUGAGUGAACUAUCCCUUUAAGUCUAAAACGUUAUAUGUGACACAAAUAUAACAAGAAAGCUACUGUAGAACUUGAAGGCCUAGAAUAGCACUAUGGAUCUAAACCUAGUGAUCUAUCUGGGGAAGCAUAAUUUUUUUAAUUUUUUCACAGGAAAGGGUCUCUUAAAGAGACAGAUUACCCAAAAAUGAAAAUUCUGCCAUCAGAAUUUCAUUUUGGGGUGAACUUACACUUUAAAUCUUAAUAGGACAACCAAAGUACUAAACAUAAUCUUAAUUACCUACAAUUUUGGUCAAAACAUCUGUAUUGUGAAUAUAAUUAUUUUUAAAUCUCACAUUUUAAAACCCCAGAUUGUACUAAAACCAAGAAACAUUGAGAUUGUGUCAAAACUGAUCUGGUAUGUGAUGUUUGGUAAGCUGGAACAGUAGGCGUUGAUGUGGUUACGCAUUUCACCAACAGUUAAACUCUGCCAACAGAGGAGAAAAAUCCUUGUCUCUCCUCCAGUUGGUAAAUUUGCACAAAGAUGUGGGUGCUACUGUUUAUAAGCCAUCUGCACAUAAUAUAACUGUACUUCCCUCAUCUGUUCCUGUCUUUCUUCUCUCUUCCGAUCGAUUUCCCUCACUCUCAUACACAAAUAUGUAAUUAAUAACUGGUGUAAGAGACAGGGGUGUGCCAAUCAUAUUCUGAGUUUACUAACUUUUAGGAGCUCUCUCUCUCUCUCUCUGGACUUCUGUUGUUGAAUUCUUUUUGUAUUGUUUGUUGAAUGAAGUGAUUUGAGGAUCGAGCUUUGGACGUGUCUGUUUUAAAAAUGAGAAAAUGUACACAAAAAUAUAAUUUUACUUGUUUGUUAUUAAAGAUCAUCUCUCAGGCUGUGGGGAUUAAUCACAAAAUACUACGCACUCCUACAAUGGAAAAAAGGGGUAAGGGUAUCAUGAUGGAUAUAUAGACAUUUUACAUGAAAACAGAGUGUUGACAGUCAGGUAUAUUAAAGUUAAUCAUGAGGACAGGUUUUUAAUUUCUACAAAAUAUCUAAACACAACAUUUGUUUUCUUGUGUAAAAUAUUGAUUAAAAUUUCUAAAA